AUGUGGUCCUGGCCCGUAUUCGCUUGUUUCCUCCAUUUUCUAGUACCGGAAGCAGCUUGUCAAGUUAAGAUGGUACUUAUCUAUGGAUCAGUUACAAGCGAUGCUACAGGUAUUUCUACAACGUUUAGUACUGUCGAAGACUGUAAGAAUGGGUGUUUUGGAUCUGAGAGUUGUAUUAUUGCGUACUUUUCUCUUACAACCUGUGUUUUCUACAAUUAUGUCAAUGAUGGUAAAACGAUUACUGUGGAGGAAAACUCUAACAAUGCCUACGUUGCAAUAAAGACGAACAUCUCAAAUAUUCCAAAUGGUACUUGUCCGGCAUCCUACAACGAUCUCAAGUUAUCCGUAACCUCAGCUGUUGGAGAGAAGAACUCUUGGACAAGGGCAUCUACUGGAUGGAAGAUGGUCAACUGCAGAACUGGCUGGAAACGAUUUGAACGGGAUGACAACGGAACCGUAGUCUGCAUGAAAAUUUUUCCGCUUUUUAAUGAAGGAGGACAAGCUGCAGCAAUGAGAAGAUGCCAACAAGAUAAUGUAACUCUAUCUGGAAUUGCGUCAAUGGAGGAGGCUGAAUGGGUGCGAGAUUAUGAAAUAACAACCCCACGUCAAAGAGUCUUUAUUGGCGGUGAGCGGGAUUGCCCUGAUACUCCGUGCACAACUUUCAAAUGGACCGAUGGAUACACAAAGUCUUAUGAGGUUUUCAGUAAUGCUGAAUUGACGCAGCAAAUGAACGAGGAAGGGUAUAACUGCUUAGUUAUCCGCAUAAAAGUUGGGACAGCUGCAAUCAUGUUCUCACAGAAUUGUGCUGCUUCGGGUAUUCCCUUUGUUUGUGGUUAUAAAAUCGAUAUUUAG